GGAUUCCAGAAACUUCUAAUAACUGAAAGGGUACGGACGACCUCGAGGUCACGUCUGCAAGAAGGCCAUCACGCAGAAGCGGAGACUGGAAAUCGGGUGGGAGACGAGACUGCGCGAGAUCGCGGGGGAUGGAACCGAGAGGCGCAAUCUACAGAUCCGGCGCCCUCCUUCUCCUCACUGCCGUCGCCGCGGCGGCCGCCUGCUCCGCCUCCGCCAUCGGGGACAAAUGCGCUGCUUGCAAGGCCGUUGCUGCGGAGCUAGAGAUCGGAAUUUCUAGUGAGAAACCAAGAAAUCACUUGGACUUGCGCAACCGCUUGAAUUCUAAAGGUCAGAGGGAAGGGAAGUUUAUUGAUUACAGAGUCAGUGAGCUUCGGGUUGUAGAACUUCUGGAUGGCCUAUGUGAUAAGAUGCAGGAUUAUACCUUGCAGAAGUUGGAAUCAAGCGAAAAAGGAUGGGUGAAAGUAUCAGAUUGGAACAGCUUUAAAACUGAAAAGAAGGCAGCAGCACGAGCACAUUCCAAAAAUCUGUCCACCUUUUGUGGAAGGUUACUGGAGGAAACGGAGGAUGAGCUUGCUGAGUGGAUAAAAACAAGCUCCACAGAAUCGGGAAGCGUGGGCAAGGCCCUUUGUGAAGAUAUUAGCAAACACUGUCGGUCCACAAGUGCUACCAUAGAGAUCGACGAUGAACUAUAACAUGCUGCUAUCGUUAUUGAGCAAAGCAAAAGAGGCGUCGGUCUGGGACAAGAUCAAAUAGUCCCAGACACCAUUUUCAGACAAGGAAGCUGCCAUAUGCGAUUCUGUGUUGCAGACUUGCAGUUGCUUUGUUGUAUUCAAAUGGGACGUUUAGUUCAUUACAUAUGAUGUUCUGGGUCUGAAAUUUAGACCUAUCUAUAGAGAAGAAUCGAACAGCAAAUUUUCUAUACUGAAGGACAGUUAAAAACA